AUGCUACGGCUUCGAUGUCUACAGCGCAGCGUGACAAUUCAAGAUAAGUGUCGUCCACAAUCACUCACAGCUCAAGUGAAUCGAUCACCCCAGCGGUCUGCCAUUAAGCAUCUCAGGGAGAAGUUUAGCAGUGGUGCUGAGCAUCCCGUGACAGCCCAGAAUGAUUCAGCUACUCCAAGGUGCCUUAAUAGGGAGGUGUCAAACAACUCGAUACAGUUUGAGAAAAGCUGCACUUCCAAACCACAAAGUGAAGAUACUCAUUCCCAAAAAGUGACUUCCGCUGGGCACCAGAGUACAUGGCCAGUUAAUCGCUUGACCAUGAACACAAAUGAAGAUCUUCAUAAAGAGACCAAGCCAGCUUCAGAUGCCGUACCACAGAAAACGAGCUCGGAAGCAAGAUGCACAGAGGCCACCACAUCAUUGGAGGGUCAAUCUGAGAACGAGAUGGCAAAAGAACAAGGGUCGAACAGCCAACAGCAUCCCUUCCUUGACUCACAGGAAAUUGUGGAAACGAUAUCAUCUUUGAAUGUCUACACUCAAAAUAAGGUUGCAAAAGAACAAGAUAAUCACAACCACCAGCUUUAUCUUGACUUGCAAGAAACCACAGAAACAACAACAUCCUUGCAUAGUUGCACAGAGAAUGAGAUAACUGAAGAACAGGAUAUUGGUGACCAGGAGAAUCUCUACCCUGGCUCUCAGGAAACUGUCGAGACCGCAACAUCCUACAAUGAUCCAGAUGAGAACGUGAUAACUGAAGAACUGGAGGAUCAUUACCAACAAUAUUUUGCUCAAACAAAUUAUGACUGGUUUAGUAAUAUAUCCCGACCCAGAAGCUACUGGGAAGGCUUACGGCAAGCAUGGUACCAAGAAGUGCUUAACAGCACCUCAAAAGAUGAGGAGAUACGUCAGCUCCUAGAAAGGUAUAUGAUCUUCUGUCAUCAUCUACUUUUUGCCUGUUUCUAUCUUUUAUCCUUCUAUGUUGACUUCUUCUCCAUGGAAUUCAUCAUUCAAAAGAUUGGAAUAAUUCAUAUGCAUGUAAAACCGUGGAAAAUGAGAUAAUUAAGGUUAUAUAAAUGAUGAAGCUUAUGAGCAUUAAGCAAUGACUACCUAAUGGUAA